AUGCCGGACGUUAUACGUGACGACGACGCGUGGCGACUGGACGUGCGCGUCGCUGUGAAGGCGCAAAUCCAGGCUCGCGUCGCUUCCAAGCUUCAUGACCGCAGCCUCCUUAGUCCUCUCGACGAAGCCUUUGCAAAGGAGCCGCUGCACUGCCAUAUCUUGCACACGGCGUGUGAUAUCCUCACCAGUUGCUUGCAUGCCUCGUCCAUGGACACGAUGCCCGUCCGCAUGCAGCUCGAGAUUGCCCAUCGUCUUCUCUCCAAGGAAUUGGAACGCGUGCCGUCGCAAGACGAAGCCCGCGUCGCCAAGGCGCGCCUGCGACCGCGGCGUCUCCGAUCGACGGCUUGAGUCGGCUGACUGUCGUGUGUGAAUAAAAACGUCAUAAAUUACUCGAGAAGAUCAUGGUGACCAG